GCAAAGUAAACAUAACCUUAAACUCUUUGAGUCUGGAAGAAUUUUCUUUUGGAAGGGUAGGACAGAUUCUUGCCAUGUGGCUGUACCUGACAGUGCCUGUGAGCUUGUACUACCUCUUGUGCUGGUACCAGUAGCAGCACGUGAUGAGCUGCCUUGAGGACAAAUAUGUCUUCAUCACGGGCUGUGACUUAGGCUUUGGGAAUCUGCUGGCCAGGCAGCUGGACCUGCGGGGCUUGAAGGUCCUGGCUGCAUGUCUGACAGAGCAGGGGGCCCAGCAGCUGAGGAAGCAGACGUCAGACAGGCUGGAGACGGUGCUCCUGGACGUGACCAAGACAGAAAGCGUUGUUGCAGCCACUCAGUGGGAAAAGGAGCAUGUGGGAGACAGAGAAGGGACCUCUGUGCUUUUGGUGUUCACGUUGCUCUCAUAGAACCCGGGAAGUUUAAAACAUCCAUUUUCCCUGAAAAUACACAGGAUAUCCUCAAGGGGAUCUGGAGUCAAGUGUCCCCAGAGGUGAAGGAGAGCUAUGGAGAACAGUACUUUGAAGGCUAUUGCCAGUAUUUUAAUAGACUCAUUUCUAAAGGAAAGAAGAAUUUGAGCCUGAUCACCAAUUGUAUGGAACACGCCCUGAUCGCUGUUCAUCCUCGUACCCGCUACUCUGCUGGCUGGGAGAGCAAAUUCUUCACUCUCACUCUAUCUUAUUUACCAACAUCUGUGGCAGACUUCAUUCUUAGUCCUAUUUCAAAUGCGGUCAGACCUGCCGAUGCUUUGCAGUUUUAGUUCAACCUAAACACUUGAUUCUAGAUGGGUGGGCAGCAGGGAGCAAGAAGUCAGAUUUUCCUCUUGAAGGGAGAAAGAACAAGAGUUCUAAAGUGGAGUAUCCAAAAAUCAAGCCAUUAUGAUCAUACACCAGGGUCCUCCUAAGUUGGAGAUUUCCUAUACACAUGAAUAUCACUACCAUUUAAAUAGUAUGCUCAAAGUGUCAAACGUGUGUACUGUAUAGCACAGGGAAUAUUCAAUAUUUUGUAAUAAUCUAUGAGGGAAAGGAAUCUGAAAAAGAAAUAUGUAUACAUAUCUAUAUAUGUAUAUAUAUAACUGAAUCAUUUCACUGUACACCUGAAACUAACACAAAAUUGUAAGUCAACUAUACUUCAAUAAAACAAGUGAGACAAAAACAAUUUUGAAGAGUUGAAUGGAAGGGUGAACACACUGUAAAGAUCAGGCAGGAGUGAUGAAUAUCUUUCAGAAAAAUGGAGAUCUGCUGUAGGAAGACCUGCUCUGGAGGAUCUACUGAGAAUUUUUUUUUUACUGGGGGAUUUUGCCCCAGGCACAUACAUGCACUCAAAUAAUAAAAUGAGAAUGGUGGUGCUCCCUUGUGGCUCAGCUGUAACGAACAUGACUAGCAUCCAUGGGAUGCGGGUUCAAUCCCUGGCCUCGCUCAUUGGGUUAAGGAUCCAGUUUUGCCAUGAGCUGUGUUGUAGGUCACAGACACGGUUCAGAACCUGCAUUGUUGUGGCUAUGGCUAGGCCAUCAGCUGUAGCUCUGAUUCAACCCCUAGCCUGGGAACUUCCAUAUGCCUCGGGUGAAGUCCUAAAAAGCAAGCAAGCAAAAAAAUAAAAAAAGGAUGGAGAUGUGAAUUAUAAUUUAACUAUGUGGUAAUAAUAUAAUAUUUAAAAAAACCCAAGGAUUUGAGAGGCAUGAAGGAUACAAAAGCAGUAAAGGUCUGUAGGUAUUCUAUAUUCAUUAUUUACUAAAAAAUAAUGCUUUGGUUGUGCCUAAGAAUUCAUUAUUGGUUAAUUAUUUGCAAAUCAAAAAACACCAUGCAAAUAUCAGAGUUCUUUUUCAGAUUCCUGCAUCAUCUUUUAUCUUCUUUUAGAUGAAGGAGUAAAAGUAGCAAAGAGAAAAACAAAAGUUGAGAAGUAUCUUAUUUUGUGUAAAAAUGUAUAUUCCUGAAAAACUGAGUUACAUCUGGAUAAUAAAACAACCUAUAUCUUAAAAACAAACAAACAAAAAAGCCAAAAACCAAAGGUGCACUCUCUCUUCCUCUUCUUGCUUCAUUCUGAAUAUUCAGUCUUUAAGCCAUAAUGAUGAGUUACGUAAGGCAGGAAUUGGCAUUGUCGAGGGAUUGGGAUAUGAAUGGGGUGUCAUGGAGAAUCUGAGCAUGAGCUGAGCGAGGGGACUGUACAUGCAGGAGGGCUGACUAGUACAAUUGUCCAAACUCCCGCUGCUGGGGUGAGUUUUAUGGUCACAUAGGAGGGCUUCCCAGAAUGGCUUACUGGAGCCCACUGGGAGUAAGGAAGGUGUUUGCAUAUGGAAAGGAGUUGCAGCAGUGAUGGGAAAUUGGUUACAUAAAGGGGAGGAGAUCGAAUAAAUAAAUAUACUAAGGAUAAUAAGAGUAAGAUUUCUUACUUAUAGAGAAGGGAGCUACAAAUUUAUAAAUAAAUUAAUACACAUUUAAAUAUGCAUACAUACAUAU